CUGGAAUUUUCGUUGGUCGUUCCUUCCCAAGUUUUCGUCGCCUCCGCAAAUUACCAUCACCAUCCCGUCGUCGAUACACAGACAGAUCCGGUAGGUACUAGCCAUCCAACCCAACACAAAGACAUCCCCUCAGCUCUAUACGCUCGCGCUCGAGUUUUUCGAAUCGACAAUCGACUAACGACUUUCUUUGAAGCAAAAAUGGCUGGAGGCAAACCCCGUGGUCUUAACGCCGCCCGCAAGCUGCGAACGAACCGAAAGGACCAGAAAUGGGCCGAUCUCGCCUACAAGAAGCGUGCCCUCGGUACCGCCUAUAAGUCCUCUCCCUUCGGUGGUUCCUCCCACGCCAAGGGCAUCGUCCUCGAGAAGGUCGGUGUCGAGGCCAAGCAGCCCAACUCCGCUAUCCGAAAGUGUGUCCGUGUUCAGCUUAUCAAGAACGGAAAGAAGGUCACUGCCUUCGUCCCCAAUGACGGUUGCUUGAACUUCGUGGACGAGAACGACGAGGUCCUCCUGGCUGGUUUCGGUCGCAAGGGCAAGGCCAAGGGUGAUAUUCCCGGUGUUCGAUUCAAGGUCGUCAAGGUCUCUGGUGUCGGUCUGCUCGCUCUGUGGAAGGAGAAGAAGGAGAAGCCCCGUUCUUAAGCGAAGGGCUCGUGGAUGGAAACAAAGUCAUAUUUCGACACGUGGAGUCUAUUCGGAUUGCUUGCAUCGGCAUUACUGGUUAGGGAUCUGAUCAUGGGAGACGAGGUCUGAAAAAGGGAAAAUAGAUCAC